CCUGCAAAAUGGAAUGCUCGUUUCAAGCCUGGAGACAAAUACCCCCUCAUUAUUUUUUCCCAUGGACUUGGAGCAUUCAGAAGUAUAUAUUCAGCAAUUUGUAUUGAAAUGGCAUCUCAGGGUUUUGUUGUUGCUGCUGUUGAGCACAGAGACCAGUCUGCUUCAGCUACAUAUUACUACAAGGAGAAACCUGUUUCAGAAGCAAAAGGGAGAGUUUCAGAGCUACACAAGGAGUGGAUCUACUAUCGGAAAUUAAAAGCAAAUGAAGAUGAAAUGUGUUUGCGUCAUCAGCAGGUACAGCAAAGGGCAGAUGAAUGCUCUAGGGUUGUUGACCUCAUGCUUGAUAUAAAUUCUGGAAAACCACCAGUGAAUAUACUCCCUUUGAGCUUUAAUUGGAUCCUUUUAAAGGAUUCUAUUGACAUACAGAAGAUAGCAGUAAUGGGGCACUCUUUUGGUGCUGCUACAGCCAUCGAGACUCUUGGCAAAGAUGUACGAUUCAAGUGUGGCAUUGCUCUUGAUGCAUGGAUGUUGCCCUUAUCUCAAGAGGUGUAUCCAAAAGUUCACCAGCCACUGCUGUUUAUUAAUUCAGAAAAAUUCCAGUGGGAUUCCAAUAUUCUAGAAAUGAAGAAACUUAACUGCAAAGACAGAGAAAGAAAAAUGAUCACAAUAAAAGGUUCAGUGCAUCAGAGUUUUCCAGACUUUACGUUCCUGGCUGGCAGUAUUGUUGGAAGGAUUUUUAGGCUGAAGGGAGAAAUAGACCCCAAUAUAGCCACUGAUAUUAGCAACAAAGCAUCAUUAGCCUUCUUACAGAAAUAUUUAGGCUUGAAGAAAGAUUUUAACCAGUGGAACCCUCUCUUAGAUGGCAACGGUCUUAAUGUCAUUCAGGGGACCAAUAUUGACUUACCUCCGAUGGCAUCUCAAUCAGAACAAUAAAGAAAAUACUGUAUUGUGCAUUUUCAAACUCUUGAUUAAGAUGGUUCUGCUUGCUAUAUGUUUUAGAAAUCAUUUUGUGAUGUAUCUUUGCCAUUAAAAGUCUUAUUUAGUCAAAAUGUCUAAUUUAAUAGUUUUCCCAUUAAAAGAGUCAAGAGAUCUACUUAGCAA